CAAGGGUGGAGCAGAAAGUGGAAUGACCUGGUCAACAAAGGUCCUGAGUAUGGAACAGUGAAAAGUUCCUGGCUAAACAUUACUAGUGAAGCAGAUAAGCUAGCUGAGAUUCACAAUGAACUGCAAAUCAGACUUGUUAACCAAGUCCAUGGGAAUGUACAGAAGUGGAAGUCUGCAAACUAUCAUAAAUCACUACUCAGCUGGAAAGAAACCAAAACUGCAGAGGAGGGAUUCAGUAAAGCUCAGAAACCUUGGGCUAAAAGACAAGAUGAAGGUAAUAAUAAUAAUAAUAAUAAUAAUAAUUAUAGUAAUAAUAAUAAUAAUAAUAAUAAUAAUAAUAAUAAUAAUAAUAAUAAUAGAUAAUAGAUAAUAAUAAUAGUAAUAAUAAUAAUAAUAAUAAUAAUAACACUUAUCCACAUUGUCAUAGCUGUGCCAGUGGAUCAGAUCCCACUGAAAGUCCAUGCUGAUGAUGCAUCACUACCCAGAUCCUUGUAGUGCUUCUGUUUGGUUGAAGCAAAUUUCCCAUCUGGCAUGACCAAUCAGAAGCACUACCCAGGUCUGGGUAAUAAUGCAUUAUCAGUAACAAAUUUCUGCACCGGUUUCUCAGACAACAUUUUUUGGAGAAAACAGUGGUAGCGCUAGCAUUGCAAAAUGUGGGAUGUUUUCUCAGGUUAUCCCCUCAGCAAACUUGCUGUUUGCUGGCUACAUGUACAUGUAAGCUAACGGGGCAGCAGUAACCCUAUCAGUCAAGUUCAGAAGCAUUUAGUGUUUUGUGAAAAGACUUACAAAUAUUCAGAUCGUGUAAUUUUUUAAUAUUUCAAAAACACAUGGAGCGGAUGCUUUAUACAUGGACAUUUCACAUGUUGAUUUUUACUUUAGUUUUGAAAUACAAACGAGCAUACCACCAAGCCUGCAAAGUUAGAGACCAGACAGAGAGGCUUUAUAAAGAAGCGUGCGUUGAAGGAAGCACAGUCAACGAAGAACAAGUAAAGAAACUGAAAGAUAAAUCUGAAAAAGCUGCUAAUGAUGUGCAAGUCACCAAAGGAAAGUAUGAAGAAAGUCUAAGGGAUAUUGGAAAUUAUAACCCAAAGUAUAUGGAGGAUAUGCGUUAUGUUUUCAACAAAUGCCAGCAGUCUGAAGAGGAGAGGAAGAAUUUCUUUAAGCAAACAUUACUUAAUUACUGCCAGCAGAUGUCAUUAGCACCACACUUUAACAGGUUAGUCCCAUAAAUGAUGUGACCCUGAUCUUGCAUCAGGGGCACCCAACGACAGUUUCCUCCUAAAUAAAUUGAAAACACUUUUUAGGCUGUCCAGAGUACUUUUAGAUCUCUAGAAAUGCUUUCCAUUAAAAAGGACGCCAUGUUCGGUCAUCGCAGGGCAACUUGAGUCUUUUCUAAAUUAUAAACAGUAGAUUAUUUUCCUGAAAAUUUUAGAUGCAAUUUAAAUUCUUGCAAAAGUAAAAACUUUUCCGAUUCCUCUCUCCGUCGCAUUUUCGAAUCCGAAAACUUGUCCAAGAAAAAUAGCUUAGCCUGAGGAGUAAAAUGCGAAAAUUAAAAUUUAAAAAAUCGUAGGAAAUUUAGUUUCGAAAUUGUACAUGAAUUGAACGAUCCUAUAGAAAUUUUUAGCCUUUCUCAAGCUAAAGAAAAUUCUAGGUAAUUUUUGCUUCUCCGAACAGAUCUUUUACAGAAGACAGUCGUUGGGUGCCCCUGUUGCAUGGACACACGGAAUACUGUAAACAUCGGGUUUUAGGUCGUUUGAAUCCCAUAUUUUUUUGGAGAGAUCAUCACUCCAUUCAAAGACAUGCUGCAAAACAAUACAUUUUCGUGAAAUAAUAAAAUUUUGUCGAAUAAUAAAUCGACAAGUGUUCUCCAAUACCUACUGAAUGAUUGUUUGUAGGACGGGUCCACCAUUUUACCUGGUCAUCCGUGCCACGCGAAGGUCUAGCUGUCCGCAGGGCAAAGGCAAUACCUUCAUUCUCAGUUAUUGUAAGACCUUGAGUAUUGGUCCGGCCCCAUCAACCCCGCGACCACCCACCGGGGUGGAGUACUUCCUGAUACAUGUGAGAGGCUGAUGGGGAUGUGCUGCUGGAUGGGGUCGAAUUUGACUAUAAUGGGGUCGCACAUUUUCUGAUUUUUGGGGUAAGACAGUUCUCGAUAUUUACAGUUAGCAAACGUACCAGAAUGUUUGUACUGUAGGUCAUUUUAGGAUGACCUAUUUAAAGGAUUGAUAAGGUAGAUACUUAGAUAAAAAGUGACUAAGUUGGAAUAAAAAAAAAUACCGCCCUUGCCUAAAAUUGAUUAAAAUGGAGUCUAUAAUUGGCCGCAGAAUAGAUUGUAAAAGGAGAAAGGGCUCUGAGAGGCCAGCGGCACAUACACAGCUAAAAUUACCCCUAGUACCCCCCCCCCGGGACCUCCCGCUCUGCAUUCAAACGUCCUACCGAUUGAGCUAAUCCCUGCCGCUUCCUGUACAUGUACUUGUUAUAUUGUGUUAACUUGCCUUUGAUUGUGCAGGAUAUCCAGUAUCUACAGUGAACUGAAUGCAGCUUUUGAAGCAGCAGACGUCCCCGCUGAUAUUUCUUGGUGGUCUGUUAACUGUGGGGUUGACAUGCCAACAAAAUGGCCAGAAUUUGAGGUAAAAAUAAAACGUGUUAAAUUUCCACAUUUACCGUAAAUGUGAAGGUGUUCAAAUUUGCUCUAGUCUUAAGACUAGUGAGCACUCUUAGUUAUGAAACUAGUUUUCAGAUUCGGUACAAAUUAAAUACGUUUACAAAUCCAAAUUUAAAAAUAAAGAAUUCCCUCUCUUUCUCUGUAAGUUAUAUAUUGGCAAUAAUGAUAAUGAUAAUAAUAGCAAUAGUAAUAGUAAUUUAAAAAAAACGCGCAGAUCUGAAAAUAUGUUUAGUUUGGAUAAUGCUAAAAGAUCUAGAAAUUUCAACUUCAUUGGGUAAACUGUUGCACCAUUUUGAUGCGCUGUAACUCCUAUUCUUUAGGCCGCAAUAGGGGAUCUAAUUUACCUUAGGUCCAAUUUUAUGGUGACCUUGACUCUGUACGAGAAGCAUCCCACUUCAUUAGGUCACGGAAACUACCAAGUCCGAUAUUACUUGGCCCGUUUAUGUGGAGAAAAAGUCACUCGCCUACCCGAGCUACCCUGGGCAAGCCAGCUUUUCAUACAUUUUUUCACAAAACGUGGCGAACCAUUAACAUGAGAAAAAGAUGUUAGCUCGCUUUGAAGGGUGACCAACUUUUCUCCAUUUUUCAACACUUUGGCUCGGCCAGCCGAGUCAACUUUAACAAGCGUUUACGCAAGAAAAAAGUUGACCCCCUUUGCCCGAGCCAGCAACGUUUAUGCAUGCUCUGAUUGUCUAAAACACCACUCGCAAACCCUCUGAUUGUAUCGUGGUGACCGAGGUGACCCGGUUGGGCGAGCCAGAGCACGGUUUUUAUGGAAAAAAGUCGACCCGGCGUGGAGGGUCACCAUGCCAUCACAAAAGGGUGACUCGGCUAGGCUGGUCAUCAUUCUAGCCGAGUCAACGUUUUGUUUCUCAUGUAAACGGUUCGGCACGUUUUUAAGGAAAUGUAUGAAACGUUGGCUCGCCCAGGAGAGCUGGGGUCAAGUUUUCUCCAUAUAAACGGAGGCCCAGGUCAAACGUCAAACUUCACAUGUGACGGACCUAAUUGACUAUUUUCCAAUUCCCCAUAAUACACUCUGUCUGCCCCCCAAAUUUUACAUAACUUAUUGUCUUAAAAUACUCUUGGGAAAAUGCAAUACUCCCAGGAGCAUUUAAAAACAAUGGUUUAUGCAAAAUUUGGGGGGCAAACAGAGUGUAUUAUGUGGAAUUGGAAAAUAGAGAAUGCUAAUUAGCAAAAUCUAUUUUUCUCACUCAUUAGCAUUAGGUUCGUCAAAAGUUUGACGGUUGAACAUAGCCUAAUCUAUUCACGGAGUCCAUCUUUACUGACAAAAAGGCGAUCACCUAGCUGGCUUAACUUUUAGAGUAUGCUGAUCAGUUAUAGUGUUCACCCGUUCGCAACAAAUUACUGAAUUAAAUAACAACGCAAAAUGUACAUUAAUAUUCCAGGAAUACACAGGACAAGAGGAGCAGCAACAGACAGUCAUACUACAGCAACAACAGACAGCUGUCAAUCAAAAAGAUACCCCUCAAGCAGACUCUAGUUCCCCUGGAACCAAAAAGAGUUCUGUUUGUACGACACUAUAA